UAGUCCCUUCCCAAAAUCAUUGUGCCCAUUUCUUCUCAUUACAUACACAACACAACACACACUUUGCUCCCUCUUUCACAAAACAACAAUAUCUCCAUUUCAAACAAACUACAACCAUGUCUUUCUCUACCAAAUUGCCUUUGGUCCUUUUACUUUCAUCCCUCUUCAUCCAUGCAUCUUUGGGUGAGAUGGUGUGUGAGGACUUGCCAAAGGAAGUGUGUGCUUUCUCAGUAGCUUCUUCAGGGAAGAGAUGUUUGUUGGAGACGGAGAAGGCGGCGGACGGCGGCGUGGAGUACCAAUGCCGGACGUCGGAAGUGGUGGUGGAGAGAAUGGCUGAGUACAUAGAGACAGACCAAUGUGUGGAGGCAUGUGGUGUUGAUAGAAACUCUGUUGGGAUUUCUUCUGAUGCCUUCUUUGAGCCUCAAUUCACUGGCAAACUUUGCUCUCCAUCAUGUUACCAGAAGUGCCCCAACAUUGUUGACCUUUUCUUCAACUUGGCUGCAGGAGAGGGGGUGUUUUUGCCAGAACUGUGUGAGAAGCACAAGACUAACCCUCGUCGUGCCAUGAUUGAGCUUGUGAGUUCUGGAGCUGCCCCUGGCCCUGUUUCUGAUGUGUCAGAGGACAUUGUGGCAGCACCUGCACCUUCUCCCCUGUAAUUUUGGUCCCUUCAAAUCCACUCUUCCUUUGCAGAGAUGCUGUGAAUUGAGGCAACCAAUUAUAAUUAUACUAUUAUUGUGUUAUUAUAUUAGAAGAUGGAGGGAAUAUGGCUUCAUUCUUAUGUGUUGGGUUCCGAUUAAUGUAAUAAUCAACAUUGAGAUGGACAUGGUGUUCAUAGGUUUAUGUUAUGUUGUUGUUUUUCCAAAUUUUCCAAAUUUUGGAGUUCAGGAAUUGGAAUUGUUUCUGCUUAGUAUUUUCAUUUGAGAGCUACAAAUAAGUUGAACUAUGUCUCAAUAAGUGCUACUACAUAAAUAUUCUUUUGAUUGGUUAUAA